CGAUCAAUAGCACGCACACCAUGCCAUCAUUAACAAGCACGAAAUCUGGAAAUGCGUCUGUAUCAGAACAUUCCCGUGAAGCAGCCGAGUAUCUGAACAAGAACAAAGUACCGCAGAUUAUUCAGCAACUCAUUUGUGCGUGUCUUUACGAGCAACCAGAUGACCCAAGAGAGUUCAUGGUCCGGAAACUGGAGGAAAUGCGGAGUGCAAGGGCUAGAGGUCAAUCCCUUAUACUGUUUACGAGAGGCGACCUACAAGCAUUGUUUCGCAUAUUUGAUGUAACUGGGCGAGGUUGGAUAACAAAGGAGCAGUACGACGCAGCAAUGAAAAACAUUGGCGCGGCGGAAAAGUCAAAUCAGCGGCCAAGUGGUGUGGAUCAGAACCGAAUACGAUCCGACACCUUUGUGGAGGAAGCAUUGUCUGCACUUAGCCGGGCAUAACUAAUACAAAGUUAGACUAGGGAAAUCAGAUGGAUGUGGAUUGUAAGAGCUGGCACCUGACAUUUGCAGCUUUAAUGCAUCUCUCUCUAGUUUAUUAAAUAGAGUCCAUAAAGCACAUCGUUAUCUGGCAAA